AUGGCUGCUGCCGCUGUCGAGGAAAUCCGUGCGACGUCCUAUGUCGGUUUUGACUCUAUUACGCAGCAGAUUGAGCACAAGCUCUUGAAGCGUGGUUUCCAGUUCAACGUCAUUGUUGUUGGACAAACCGGUCUCGGGAAGUCGACGUUGAUCAACACCGUUUUUGCGUCGCACCUUAUUGACUCCAAGGGCCGGUUGGAGUCGAACGAGCCUGUUAGGCAGACCACUGAGAUUCAAGCCGUCUCACAUGUUAUCGUCGAAAAUGGCGUCAAAUUGCGCCUCAACAUUGUUGACACGCCUGGGUACGGCGACCAAGUCAACAAUGAGAACUGCUGGGAUCCUAUUGUGAAGUACAUCAAGGACCAGCACAGCGCGUAUUUGCGCAAGGAGUUGACGGCCAUGCGUGACCGGUAUAUUCUGGACACGCGUAUUCACUGCUGUUUGUACUUCAUCAGCCCCACGGGACACUCGCUUCGUGCUAUCGACGUUAUUGUGAUGAAGAAACUGAGCGAGGUUGUGAAUGUCGUGCCUGUGAUUGCCAAGGCGGACAGCUUGACCUUGGAGGAGAGGGUCGCAUUCAAGCAAAAGAUUCGCGCAGAGCUGGUGCACCACAACAUCCGCUUGUACCCCUUCGACACGGAUGAGAAUGACGAGGAAGAGAUUCAGUUGAACGAGUCAAUCAGGAGCGUGAUUCCCUUCGCUGUCGUCGGCUCUGAGCGGAGUGUGAUUAUUGACGGGAAGUCAGUUCGGGGUCGCAAGAACCGGUGGGGCGUGGUUAAUGUUGAGGAUGAGAACCACUGCGAGUUCAUGCACCUGCGAAACUUCCUGACAAGGACACACCUACAAGACCUAAUUGAGACUACUGCCCAGAUUCACUAUGAGGCGUUCCGUUCGAAGCAAUUGCUUGCUCUCAAGGAGGGUGUACAGCAAAGACCACCUACCAACCAAUAG